CCCUACAUUUUAUUCUCAUUCCCCAACUCUUUUUUUCUCAUCCCUUCACACUACCAUGGCCGACCACACCCAUUUACCCAUACCCGCUUUUGACCCGCCCCAAAAACCCAAAAGAAACAAGUAUGCUAUGGCUUGCUCUUUUCUAGCUUCCAUGACUUCCAUCUUGCUUGGAUAUGAUAUAGGAGUGAUGAGUGGAGCAAUAAUCUACAUACAGAAAGACCUUCAGAUCUCCGACGUCCAAAAAGAGGUCAUCAUGGGCAUCCUCAACGUCUACUCCCUCCUCGGCUCCGCCGCUGCCGGCCGUACUUCCGACUGGAUUGGCCGCCGCUACACCAUAGUGUUCGCCGGGGUUAUAUUCUUCGCCGGCGCCCUGCUUAUGGGCUUCGCCACCAACUACGCGUUCCUCAUGGUUGGCCGCUUCGUGGCGGGCAUCGGCGUCGGCUACGCACUGAUGAUUGCGCCCGUGUACACGGCGGAGGUGGCGCCGGCGUCCUCCCGCGGCUUCCUCACAUCCUUUCCGGAAGUAUUCAUCAAUUUUGGGAUAUUACUGGGCUAUGUUUCAAACUUCGCCUUCUCCAAGCUCCCAACCAGCUUAGGCUGGCGAUUUAUGCUCGGAAUCGGCGCCAUCCCUUCCAUAUUCCUCGCCUUAGGAGUCCUCGCCAUGCCGGAGUCCCCGCGUUGGCUCGUCAUGCAAGGCCGCCUCGGCGAAGCCAAACGAGUCCUCGACAGGACCUCCGAUUCUCUCGAAGAAUCCAAACUACGACUCUCCGACAUCAAAGAAGCCGCCGGCAUACCCGAGAACUGCGACGACGACAUCGUUUCUGUCUCCAAACAGCCCCACGGCCAAGGAGUCUGGAGAGAUCUCCUCUUCCGCCCUACGCCCGCCGUGCGCCACAUACUAAUGUGCGCCGUGGGGAUACAUUUCUUCCAGCAGGCAAGCGGCAUCGACUCCGUGGUUCUAUACAGUCCGGAGAUAUUCGAAAAGGCGGGAAUAACGAAUGACACCGACAAGCUACUCGCGACGAUGGCCGUCGGAUUCACGAAGACGUUGUUCAUUUUGGUGGCCACGUUUUUGCUGGAUAAGAUCGGACGGCGGCCGCUGCUUCUCUCCAGUGUAGCGGGGAUGAUACUCUCGUUAGUGGGGCUAGGAAUUGGGCUUACCAUCAUCGAACACGCGGACCAAAAGCUGAUCUGGGCCGUAGCCUUGUGUAUAGCGACAGUGUUAUCCUACGUGGCGUUUUUUUCAAUUGGAAUGGGCCCCAUUACGUGGGUCUAUAGCUCGGAGAUCUUCCCGUUGAGGUUAAGGGCCCAAGGGUGCAGUAUGGGAGUAGCAGCGAAUCGGGUGACCAGUGGGAUGAUCUCAAUGACAUUUAUAUCCUUGUACAAGGCUAUAAGCAUUGGAGGGGCAUUCUUUCUGUAUGCAGGGAUUGCUGCUAUUGCAUGGGUGUUUUUCUACACCUUAUACCCUGAGACGCAGGGGAAAACGCUCGAGGAAAUGGAGACUUUCUUCGGAACUUUCUUUAAAUGGAGGUCCACGAUGAGGGCAUUGGAGGAAAAGAAGGGCGAGAGUAAUGGACAACUUCAACUCACCACUGCUAAUCAGACGAGUAAUUAGGGAAAAAUUCUAAUUCGGAUCGGAUUUGAUUGGAUCAGAAUCAAUGAUAUUGUAAGUGCAAUACACUUGAAUGUGGUUACGAUAAGAGUUUUCCGUGUAAUUAGAGUAAAAUGUUUUUCGAAAAAGGGUUUACAUGUCAUUUUGAAAUUCAUGUAUAUAUAGAAUAAAUACAAGGAAAGAAAGGAAACAUGUGGAGGAAAAAAUGUUUGACAUAGGAGGCGCGUUGCCAGUUUAUCCCA